AUGAAUCCCCCCAAUUCUGGUGCCGCUGCAACAUCAGCGAUGACCGGUGCCAUCCGCACCGAUUCCCGAAAGAAGUCCUCCGGCGCAAUUGCGAAACCCGCAGAAGAAACGUGGUCCUACUGGACAGUGAGUCUGAAGAUCCUGCCUGCCCUUGAGUUGCUUAUUUUCAUGUUUGUUAAUCUGACCAUUCUGUUGCGUAUCCAAAGCCGUGUGUCUCAGAUCCGGCAGCAACAGACCAACUUACCGGCUUUGAAUAGCUCACAGAGCCAAGUAGCUUCCAAUCCCUUACCAGGCGCUUUUGCCGCCUAUCAGACGGAGUCACCAUCCCGAGGAGACGGGAACUCCAAUCCCGUACAUCCAAUCCAGGAUGCCGCACACUGGCCUAUGCAUAAUGAGGCCUCCUCGGUACCCGUUGAGCUUUCUCAUCCUCAACCACCAGCCCCAAUUGCACCUAAUUGGAGUUCUGGGGCCUCCCAAAUUGAAACUCAUAGUAAUAGUGGCGUCAGCUGGAAUGAGCGCAAUGAUGUCGAAUACUGGCUGCCGGAUACACUGGAUGCUCAGGUACCCGUAUUCGAUUUCCCGGGCAGUAAUAUCUACCUGAAAGCCUCGCUUCCAUCUAUUAUACAAACAGACGCUGCUCCUGCAGGUCUACAGUCACACCCAGCGGAGGCAGCAAGUGUACCCAUGUCGGGGCCCAAUGUCCUCCACCCGCCGCCAAAUGAGACAAACACGCUCUGGCCCUCAUCCAUUGUGGAAGCGAAUAUGAUACCGUGGAUUGACGUCUAUUUUGAUCGUUUGCAUCCAACAUUACCGGUGCUAAACCGUUCAUCACUGUUUAUCCGAAUGCUGUCCCAGGAACACCGCAGAAACCCGCAAUUUGGUGCAAUGCUUCUCGCAUUGUGCGCAUUUUCCCUUACCCAACCGAUCGAGAUAGCCGAGCGACCGACGUCUUCUUCUCGAGCUAACCAAGCUCGGUCCAUGAUGAACGAAGCGACCAAAAUGCGAAGCUGCUCGGAUUUCGGGGAACACCCAACAGUUGAAGCGGUCCUUACCAGUUUCUUCCUGUUUGGGUGCUUGUUUGGCAGCAACCAGCAUAAUGCCGCAUGGCUCCGCCUGAGGGAGGCUCUUGAUCUUGCUGCUACAAUGGGCUUGAACAACCCGGAUUCGUAUCGAGAUUUGCCCAGCGACGAAAAGGGACAACGCUUACGGACUUAUCUGGUUCUGUCAAUCACGGAGAGAGCUUAUGCAUUACAGCGCAGACAUCCCAUCACCUUCUGGGGUCGACCGGGUUUCAGCAUGCGGCCUGUUCAUGACUUCAUUCACACUGCCACCCAUAGUCUGGUGUCUGGCGUCAUUGUCCAUAACGAAAAGGAUGCUGAAGGAAUGAUGGGCCUCGCCCGUCUGAUGGAACUUUUUGAUGCCAUUGACGAGGAUGUUAUCGAUUGCUGGAACCAAAGAUGCAACAUCAACGCUGGCUACUGCGAGAAGCUCACGGAAGCCAAGGCUUUAUCCAUUCAUCAGAAUCUCAGCCGAGUUAGCGAGUCGGAACGAUAUAAAGGCUACGACUGGUUCGAGCGCUCCAAGUCAACCCUCGGCGAUAAUCAGGGAAACCGCCCGGCAAUAGGUCUACGAGAAACCCAAUGUGCAGACGUCUUUAUCACGAAAAAGUGGCUUCAGAAUCGCAUUUGGGUGCUCUGUUCCACUCAUGGGCUGCUGCGGCCUGCAUCUGAACACCAUGAGCUUGGUCUCCACUACGCUGUUUCUGUUGCAAAAGAGACGCUUGACAUCUGUCGAUCCUUGCGGCUGAGCUCCAUGGAGGCACACGGAAUUGGACUUGCUGAGAAGUUGUACGACAUUGCAGUCGGCGCCAUUAGUGUCUUGUUCAAUGUCCAGAUGCCUCUCGCGAAAGGCACCACAUUGGCAUCACCCGCCAGAGCCAUGCCCAACCCUCAGAUACCGAUGGCUGGUAGUCAAAUAGUCUCCAAAACUCUAACGGAAGAUUUUCUUUUACUGUUGAACAGUCUGCGGGGUGGAAACCAUCCUUUCAUGGAAAGGUAUCGAACACUAUUGAGCUCAUUGGACGGCACUGGUCAUGCCUGGGGCUCUCAAUAG